UAGUGAAUGUUGGAAACGAGAAGCCAUAAACACAGCAAGCUAUUAAAACAAAGCAAAACAGCCUCCGACAGUUUUUUCGGUUUUAUUAUAGUUUUCUUAGGUGACAACCACUGUCAAAUCAACUGUUAAUUAUUUUUAUGUCACGCUAACGGACGAUAUCGGCUGUAAGUGAUGGAGUUGUCUCAGAGGGAGCGUCUGUCAGAGCUGGUGGAAGAUCUAACAACGUCAGGACAGCAGGAGCUGAACCAGGACAAGAUAAAGGAACUUAAGAAGAUCUGCAAAAUGUCGAGUGACUGCAUAGACCAUGUGUACCACACAGUAAUGUCCCAGCUCAACCAAGAACACUCUGAGAUACGACUAUCAGCCUUCCAGAUAGCCAGUGAACUCUUCAGCAGGUCACAUCACUUCAGGACACUACUCCUGGACAACUUUCAGGACUUCUUGGAGCUUACAGUAGAGACUGAUUCAGAGCAGCCCCUCCCUCCUCCUAAAGAAAUAGCCAAGAAACUGAGGUCACUGGCCCUUCGAACAGUGCAGUCAUGGCAGACGUGUUAUGGGACAGAAUAUAAGAAGUUGGCGUUGGGCUACCACUUUCUAAAACAGGUUAAAAAGGUGGAUUUUCAGGAUGCUGAAUCCAGGACAAUAGCACAGAGAAGGAUGGAGGAGGAGAGACAGAGAAGAAUGGAGAGAAUCCUUAAAGGGAGAAUGGAGGCAGCCUCCAAAGAUAUGGAAGAGAAGUACCAGGAAAUUAAGGCAACGCUGACAGAGAUGGAAUCUUGUAUGAGGCUACUUCUUCCUGACUUUGGUAUCACUAACCAAAUUAUCAAUAGUAGCCCUUCUACCCAAACUGCAUCUAAUGCAUAUCCAUCAGAUGAUGAACAACCCCGCUAUAGCGAAGAUGUGAAGGAUGACAGAAAAGAAAGAAGGAAACAACAGAAGGCAGAAACCUGUCAGGAGGACAAGAAAAGCUGUUUAAAGAAAAAUAACUCUCAGGACGUCAGUGUAAAAAUGAAGCAGGAGUUGUAUGAAGAAGAGGGCGUGUGUGAAAAAAGGAAGGAUGGGAAUGAGAAAGAGGAGGAGGGGGAAGGGAAGUUAAACAAUGGACAAGAUCCUCUGAAUAAGAAUAGCGAGGAAGACAAGGAAGAGGACAAUGUGUCUUUGCAUGGAGAUUUGUUUAUUCGGAAUUCUGGACUCAUUUCUCACUCCUACAGCCUGGACCUCAAUCUCAGUCCUGGUUUUCAUGUGAAGGAGACGGAAGAUAAUGAGGCAGUCAUUUCCACUGUCAUAGACAUCCAUAGACUGAUAACAUACAAACACCUGCCAGCUGUGCAGGGCUGGGUUCAGAUCUUUAUUAAGGCAGGUGCUGAGCAGCAGCUGCUAAGAAGAGCACUGGAUCUAAAGAAGUCACUAGAAGCAGCUCUACAGAAACACAGAGAGCUUCACAUUGAUUAUAAGACGAGAGUUCGCAAAGUGAUGAAGGCCUCUUUGCAAAAACGGGAAGAUUAUGAUGAUGAGGAUGAUGAUGAUGAUGACGAGGACGACAGUGAUUUUGAUGAGGUUCCAGAGAAGGAGGGAUAUGAGCCGCACGUUCCAGAGCAUCUACGAGCGGAGUAUGGUUUGGAUCCUUCUCCUUCCACUUCAGCAGGAUCUAUCCCAAGAAAGAGAUCUGCUGCACCACCCCCACAAUCGUCCUGCUCCUCUUUCUCCUCCAGGCAGCUGAAGCGACUCAAGGAAGAGGAACAGGAUCCGACCUCUGCAGCUGCAACACUGCAUCUCCUUGGUGUACAGACUGCACAGACCAGCUCCUCAGGUCCCAGUUCAGAACAGAAGCCUGUUGAUGCUCCUGUGGUUCCCUUUGGUUUGGACCUGUACUACUGGGGUCAGGAGCAACCCAACGCUGGCAAGGUCAUCAAGGCUACCUCUCAGCAUCAGUUCUGGGUUCCUGCCGAAGUGGAUGAAGAGGUGGAAAAUGACAAUUUAUUGGCAGAAAGCAGGAGCAGAUACAUUUCCUUUCCUGGGAGAUUUACUCCUGUCAAUCAUUUCUGUAGAGCUCCGCUGGGCGAAGGAAAGCUGUGUCAGCGACAGGAUCGACGUAAGUGUCCUUUCCAUGGCUCGAUUGUUCCUCGAGACCAGGAUGGUCGACCCUGCAGGGAAGAGGAUCGAUUGCGGGAGGAGGAGGAGAAGAGGAGGAAGGCAGAGGAGCAACUUGACUGGCGGGAUGCAGAGCUGAUGAGGGACAUUGAGGCGGAAACAGGUGAAGACCUGGGUUCUGGUAGAGUGGCCAAGAAAGGGAAAGGAAAGAAGAAGAAGUACCCCAACCUCAGUGAUCUGAAGCAGAGCGACAACACGUCACGCUCCCGACUGGAGAAAAAAGUCUUCAACAAGUCUGCCAUGCGCAGAGUGGCCGAGGUGAUGAGUAAAGCUGACAGAAGAAAACAUGACAAGUUCUCCAACCAGUUCAACUACGCUCUAAAGUGACCUGUAGACGCAGUCAUAUGAUGGACUGAGUGUGAAAGUCAAUAAAUUCAACAUUUUCCAAUCAGCACUAAAAGUGUAUUUACAAUGACUAGUGAUAUAACUAUGUUAAAUUUGUGAACACUAAAGUACAGUAUACCUUUUUUAUAUAUAUGAUUUCAUUAAAUUACAUGUACUGUA